UAUCUGUUUGUGGGCCAAAAAUGAAGGUUACGAUGGCCAGCCAGGCUGACUGAAGUUCCCGAAGGUGUCCUGAUGUGUUUCUCGUUCUCAAAUUACCAACUUAAACUCUUAAAGGGCUAAUGGAGAAGCUGAAGGGGAGAAAGGCAAGUACAUUAUACUGUAAAUAUGCAGUAAUUUGAAUCGUAUGCUCUGCAGAUUUGAUUUAUCGAGUGAAAGCGUGUCAGGACAUCUGGAGUUUAUUACUAUUAAAAACACAGCUUGUGAAGACCUGCCUUUUCAGCAUCUUCCUUCGAAUACAGUUCCAGAAUUUGAAUAACAAACAACCAGUUGCUUCUGGAACACCACCUGGCUCCAUUUUAGCAGACUGACAUUAGAUAAGAAGGGAGUUUUCUUGGUUUUAUUAUAUAAUACAAACUAAACAAGACGGAAAGAUAUCAGAGGUGAAAUAUACAUCAUGGCUUUGUCAUUGAUAACUAUACUACUUUUGCUUGGAUCUGCACAAACUCAAAGGACAACUCCUGAUUAUAUGAUGGAGUAUUUUCAGAGACAACUUCAGCAGCUGGAGGGACGACUGAUCAAAUGCGAGCAGGACGUCCAGCACUUCAGUCAAAGGAUGUAUGAAAUGUCCAAAGAGAUACAUGGGCAAACGAGCAAAUCGAACGUGUUGAAAUCAGAGGUUAAAGGUCACAUUGAUACCCUCACUAUGCGCUUGGACCGAGUGGAGAGAGAUGUGGAAUACCUGCAGAAUAAGAUCCCUGACACCGCUCAGGUGGACAUUGAAGAUUCGCUGCUCGAGAACCAGAUGAAAGAAGCAAAACUAAAAAAGACAUCUGUAAUCCCUAAGGGCAAAGACUGCAGUUCGGAGCUUGUGGGUAUCAAGUCCCUCAAAAUCGUCAAGAAGGCAGGUGACACCAAUGGAUCCUGGAUGAAGGAUCCGACGAAGGGUUCUGCUAAGAUUUACUUUUUUAGCGGCACUCGAAACAGUACAAUAUUAGCAUAUAGUUCUCUGAAGUCUUUCACCGAAGCGAACUCCACCAAAAAGACGGAAGUUAUCCGUCUUCCUUUUCCCUGGCAUGGAACCGGCCACAUAGUCUACAACGGCUUCGUGUACUACCACAAUGCAGACACCAGCAAUGAAAUCCUGAAGGUCCACCUCAGCAACCGCACGGUGGCUGAUCGGUUGCUGCUUCCUGGAGCCGGUCGAAUGCCAGCUUAUUCCCUCAGCCCUCACACCCUGCUGGAUCUCGCUGUAGACGAAAUGGGGCUCUGGUCGAUCCAUGCGGACCAAGACUUUGGUGGCAAUUUGGUGAUCACCAAGCUGGACCACAGUAGUCUGGCUGUGGAGCACACUUGGGAUACCAACUGCAAUAGCCGUGAUGCAGAAGCAGCUUUCAUAAUCUGUGGCACCUUAUAUGUGGUCUACAACUCCCACUAUGGUGGAAGGUCCAGCAUCCAAUGCUUGUUUGAUAUCCAUGACACCAUCGACUCCGAGAGCAUCCCUGUGCUUUUCUUCCCCAAACGUUACACCAGCCACUCCGGUUUGCAUUUCCACCCCAAGGAUAAGCAGCUGUAUGCUUGGGAUGAUGGCUAUCAGACCAUCUAUAAGUUAGAUAUCAAGAAGAUAUAAGAUAGGUCAGUUCUACAUAUAUAGAAUCAAAAGAGCAGUUACAAUAAGGUCCUUUUAACCAGCAGUGCUUUAUUCUUCUUCCCAAUCACAUCUGAUCUGCUUGUGAUUUAAUGGAAAGCACUUUGUAGUGCACUUUGUUGUUGUGCCAGACUGUCAUUUCCUGAAAAACAAAGCACUCUUUGGCUUCCUAGGUUCAGUCAGAGGACCGCUAGUAUUGUAUCUGCACUCUUUCGAUGAUUUGAGACAAUAAAAGAUGUGUAUCCAACAGCAGUACAAAAAUAAAUAGCAUUAUUCAAUAAGAA